CACACUCUUUUUUGGCGCGAAGUCAACAGUAACUGUGCCGUUACAGUAACUCUCUUUCCCCUUAUCAGCUUAUCUUAUCCAAAAAUUCGCUUCAAUGGCAGAGAAGAAGAACCUGCUUGUACUUGACACCGUGACCAGGAGACUCGCCUCCAUAGUCAACCACCUUGGUGCCUCUUCUCAAUAUGAUCACCCUUCUCUUCAUCCCCACAACCAACUCCAACUUGGCCUCUGACUCUUCAACUUCCCGGAAUGAUAGCUACAAACAUGUUCACGGUGAUGUUCCCUCCCACGACGUCGUUUGGAGGGUCAUCGCUUCUGAUACUGACUCCGACAAGGAGUUCACUGACAUCAUCUACGAGAAGGCUGUUGGGGAAGGCAUAGCCAAGAUUAAUAUUAAUAGGCCUGAGAGAAGGAAUGCCUUUCGACCCAAUACAGUUAAGGAACUUAUUCGUGCUUUCAAUGAUGCCAGGCAUGAUAGUUCUAUUGGGGUUGUCAUUCUUACUGGCAAGGGGACCAAGGCAUUUUGUAGUGGUGGUGACCAAGCUUUGAGGAUAGCAGAUGGUUAUUCUGAUAAUAAAGAUAUUGGUAGCCUUAAUGUGUUGGACUUGCAGAAUCAUCCUGCUGUUGUUGUGCCUAGGCUUCCUGCUGGUUUGAAUUUGCCUAGCCCAGAUUUUAAUUCUAUUUCAGUCAGGAGAUGUCAAGAUUAACUUUCAAUGUGGAGCUUGAUACUGCUAAUGCAACUUAGUUAUUUAUUAAUAUUUUAGAUUAUCCUAUCUUUAAGUGCUAAGUGUAAUUUGUGACAUUCAUGUAACAUUGGGAUGGUCAUCUUAUUUUUUUUGGGUAUCUUUUUAUCAAGACAAUGAGAUAUUGGCCAAUGAUGUUGAAAAAUAACAUCCAAUUUUAUAGGUAUCAUGUAAUGAAUAUUAUGUUUAUUUAUGUGAUUUUUGCC